UUUACAUGAAACUUUGGUAGACGCUAGCUCUGAUCUCCGCUAACACUAUCAGCUUCUCUUAGAAAAGUUAUCUCUAACUUGUGUUGGAUCAGCGGUUUGGUGUAAACUAAUUUCUCGUCAAAUUUAAGGUGAGUUACUCGCUAUCUGUUAUAAACUGUUAACUUAAAUAUAGACAAGCUUGUAUCUGUUCCCCUUGCACACUUUCCUUUUCGUUAUCUGCUAAUAUGAUGAGAAAUUAAGCCUUUUUGCCUCUUAAUGCUAUCAUCCACUCGGUUGUCAAGAACCGGUGCUCGUUCCUCUCUUCAAAGUAAUUCUACAAGAUAGAUGUUUCUAAAUAUAAAGCUUGCCGUUUCCUGCAAGUUGUUGAACUUUUGCCUUACACAAACUCGAUCUGCCAGAAACGAAAGAAAAAACGUUUUCCACUCGCAAGCCCAGUGCCUUGCUUGUUUACGAUUGAAAGUCUUCGACGAUCGUUUCGAAUUUGUAUUAUUUUAGGAUAGGAAAAUAGGAUAAUCGACAGUCUCUCUAACUUUUCAGUAUUUUUUCGCUGGCGCAAACACGAAACACAACAAUUGUACUAAGUUCAAUUUGAAUUCGACGCGAUGUGAAUGCACUGAAUGCAUUUUAUAUUCAGGAUUUUCCCUUUGCGUGGACGAAUUUUUGAAUAAUACAUGAUAGCCUUGCUUCGUUUUGUACAAAACAUAUGGCAAUAAUUGGUUUUCCUUCGGAAAAACGGGGAGUUUUGCGGAAUGUAACUUCGCGCAAUGUGGACACAGGUUUCGAAUGUUUUCGAGAGAGAUCUGUGUUUUGAGCAAUGAUAUUUUAUGCCUUGUAAUGGUUUAGUGGGACCAUUAGUAGGUGUACUUAAAGCUUAUCAAUACAGCUGUUUCUUGGCUUAAUGAAGGAUGCUUUCAUUGUAUCAUAGUACAUAGCAAAAUAUUAAUUUGUAAGAAACACCGUAUCUUACGUAUCUACUGGAUGCUAACCUUGCUUUUUCAUAGUGCUGUAUAUCAAAGCAACCUUGGUACCUGUGGUUCUAUUUUUAGCGGUAUUUUCUUUCAUUGAAAGCAUGAAUAUUUUUAGUACACCGAGCGCAAAUCAUUAUUAUCUUGGAUCGGAAAAAUUAAAUUUUGGCCAUUGUUAAUAUUAAUUGAUGAUAUGAAGCCGCUUGAUAUCUUUUUGUUGGUAAAUGUUUGUUGUGUUAUUGACUGUUUCCUGCGACCAGGAUUACAUUUGUUCGGCGUAACAGAUCUUUUAUCUGCUGUGAGUUGGAAGUGUCUGUUAAAUCAGCCGUAAGGUGUGAUUAAAUUGCGGAAAAUUAACACUUAUUAGUUCCAUUUAUAUAUAUCAGGUAUAUUUAAGGUGGUGAAAUCAAGACAGAGUGGUUUUGAAUUAAGAUCUAUGUGUGAGUUGAAGUGCAAGAAAUUUUCUUUUUUAACGAGAAAUUGCUGUUUAAGUUGCAGAUCAGUCCAUUUUUUAUAUUUCUCUCUCUGAGUUUGGUGGUUGUUUUGAAGCAUAAUUUUGCAUGAGCAGUCGAAUAAUCCCACAAUUAAAAAUCCAUUUACCGCAUGUAAUAAAAAAAAAAAGAAAAAACUGCAUAAACUGUGGGAUAUUAACACGUCAUAUUAAGACAGGUUCUCCCCUUUUGAAAUAUGUCUUUGUAAGCCUCGUGGUUUCCCCAAACACUGAAGCAAGCUGUUGGAAUUAGAAAAUUUUUGCUUUCAUUUGUUUUUAUAUCCUUUUACCCUUUUACUCCUGAGACCUGAUUGUUUAUUCUUCCCUCCAGCUUUUACACAAUUCCUGGCAAAUAAGUUAGGUGAAUUUCUUAUUAGAUUAAGAUAACAACUUCUAUCUGAUAAGUUUAGGUAUUCUUGUUUGCUCUUUGCUGGAUAAUGUAUGAAUAUUAUAGGGACGAGUUUCACAUGAAUCACGUCUGGGUGUUAAGGGUUAAGAGGGUAGCAGAGGGUGGAUCUUGUUCCCAUUUCAUGCGCAAAUUUUAGACAAAUUAAUGCAUCAUAUGCUUAAAAUAGUACUUCUCAUGUCACGUAUUAAAAAGGGAAACCUUCAAAUCUAACCUUAACUUUCCUUUUUGUAAAAUUCCCCCUGUCAUAUUUUAAUUUUGGGCAUAAUCACUCUUCACAUAUGAAGCAUUUGUCACCUUCCCUUAAAAAGCAUCAGUUGCUUAAAAGGUUAAAGAAGAUGUCAUUGGAAAAAGAUUUUGAAGACAGUGAGAGUUAUUAAAUAUAAGCUGUAUGGUUAGUGUCUGGUGAUAAUUUUCCAUGACAUUUUCAUAGUUAAAUUCUAUGGUGCAGAAAAGUAUGUACUGUUUAAAUCAAGAGGAGAGUCUCCAUAUCUGAAUUUGAAAUCAUUCUGGUCAUUAAAUUUUAUCCAGAGAAUUGUACAUAGCUGCAAGAGAAUUCUUUGAUCUUUAUCGCUUAGUUACUACCUAACAACCUUGCUAUUAUGUAUUUAUUGCCUGAGUGGAGGAGCAGGAUUGGCAGGAAUGGCUCAAGGUCAUUAUGUUGACGCUACACUGGCUCCCUGUGUCGUGACUGAGAGCCAACUAUUUUCCUGUCUGGCUUGACCAAACUCAGUCAAUAAGUAUUUUAUUACUUAAAAAUGCUUAUAUUUUGUUUGAACUUACAUGUAAGUAGGGCAUGAUUAUAAACGUAACAAGGAGGCUCAACAACAACAAGAGAGGGUUUAAAAGAAAAACUUAAAUGUUAUUUCUUGGAGUCAGAACACAAACUCAAAAUUGAUUGCAAAGCAAGACUUAUUUCCUCACUUUUGUUUAUUUUAAGUCAAAUUCCACAUGCAGAACUCACAUUCUUGGGAAAAAAAAAACAGAGUAGUGCUGGUGAUAAGGCAACUUUUGAUCUGGUACAUGUCAACCCAUAUGGCCAUAUGCAUGUCAGCUUUUUUUUGGUGCUCUCAAUUACUGAAUAAGCAAGGCAAUAGGGGUCAUAUGAUAACAAGAUUUAUUUUGUGUUUCAGGAUGGGUCAGACUCUCUCAGAACCUGUCACUACUAAAGAUACUUCCUCUUGUUCAAACAAAUUGUACAAAGUUGGUUCUUCCUGCAUGCAGGGAUGGAGAAUAAGUAUCCUUUUUGUUGCUGGAUUUUCUUUAACCCUUUAACUCCCAUGAGUGACCAAGACAUAAUUUCUCCUUACAGUAUCAAUACAAUAUCAACCAGAUAACUAAUGUGAAUAAAGAAAAAUAUCAAUUUGGGGAUAAUUAAUUGAUUCAAUGCUAAAUUCUCUGAACUUACAUUCUUAGAAUUGUAUGGUUAACAGUAAGAGGAAUUACGCAUUUGAUCUGGGAGUUAAAGGGUUAAUAUUUGUUGAAACCACAUGACUCAAAGAUAUUGUCCAUGAUCUCCACAUGCAUUGAGGGUUGGUAUUUUUGCUAGCUACUCCUUUCUGAAUCACCAUAAUUUUUUAAGUAGACAAGUAGUGAAGUAUCUGCAUUGAUCUGAAACAUUUUUUACCUUUGCUUUAUUGUUGUUUGUACCCAAAAUGUUAUAUUACAACUAGAAAGGAAGAGGCAAGUUAUAGCUAUGGCGAUGGACAGUUUGCCUUCAGGCACUUGGUUGUGUCCUCCGAGCUAUUUUCUAAUAGCUGGACACUUAACCCUUAAACUCCUGAUAUCUGAUUGUUAAUUCUCCCAUCUAACUUGCACAUAAUUCUUUGUAAAUAGGUUAUGAGAUUUUGGUGGUGGAUCAAGACAACUUCCUGAUAAGUUUGAAUAUUCUCAUUACCUAGUGGCUGGAUAAUGUAUAGAUAUUAAAAGGGGGAAAUACAAGUUACAAGGGUUAAAAGUGUUCAUAGAACAGUAACACUACCCACUGCAAGCUAAGUAGAUGUUUGUCACUCCAAAGGGUAUGGUUUUAAGAGCACAUUAGUUGGAAAACAGCAAUAGAUUUACAUUGGGGAUAGUUUUCUUGGAGAUCACACACGCAUCUAUAGUAGAUGUAUCUGUCUUUUUAAAUGAAUAAAUGAAUAAAAGAGAAAGAAGAGUAACUUAAUAAUGUUAAUGAAAUACUUGAUAAAAUUAACCUAUUCCUGACUGAAGCACUAUUAGGAAGCUUGUCCAAAUACACAAAUUUAACCAUAAGUUGUGGAAGUAAAUUUGGAUUUUAAAGGCCAGUAGCCACAUUCUCCAAAGACUUGGUAAUUCAUUGCAUCUGAGGCCCUAUUUUAAAAUAAGUUCUAAGAAUAGAGAAGUACUGUAGGUUCUGGCACUCCAACCAGUCCAUUUUGUUUCUUUAGCGGAUUAUUUUCUGGGGUAGCCUUUUUGAAACUUUGCAACCCCCAUCUUGAUUGAAAACAGAACUGCUUUACAUGCCUGUUAACUUAAAGGGACCUUUAAGAAACAGGCUUCAGAUCUGUAACAAGUUUGGAAAAUGACUUGUUCUGGUUUGAAAUAGUGUCAGGAUUAAGGUAACUAAGGGACACACCUUUGCCAUGAAUUCUUAGUAGUACCCUCUCCACCCUUCUUAUGUGCAGAUUCUGCACUGGCCAAAGGCAACAUACUAUUUGUUUAAAAACCAUAGGAAACUUUGAACUUCCUAAACUUUCAACUUAGACAUGGAGGAUUCCCAUACAGAGAUUUUAUCUCUCAAAGAGGACAAAGGCACAGCUUUUUUUGGAGUUUAUGAUGGGCAUGGAGGUGAGUGGUACAACACUUGAUUAACGAUGAAUGAUGAUGUUAUUUAAUUCAUGGCAUUUUCCAUCUUUUGGAUAAUGCAGCAAGUUUUAAAGGGAAUUUCACUUUAUUCUUGCUUAAUGUUCCACUAAUAAUAACCAUGGAAAUGCUGUCUUUUUCAGAAUUAAUGACAAAUAACUUGUCAUUGAGCUUAUGGUUCAGUUACUAAUCUUUUCCCUUUGUGAUGGAAACUGUGAGACACUUAUGAUCAGUAGGUUUUGUGAACUUUUUGAUCAUGCCUCUUUUCCUCUCUAUUUCAUUACAAGGUGCACGGGUAGCGCAGUAUUGUGGAAGAAGUAUUCACACAAAAAUUACAUCUCAUCCUUCCUGGGGUAAGGCAUAAUAUUAUUAUGAUAUGAGUGCAUCAUCAAUGCUUUUUUCACUUGUAAGUUGAUAUCGACACUAUUUAUUGGAAUUUGAAAAAGUGUGGACCCACUUUUUCAAUUUCUUGCCCGUUUUUUUUUCUCAGCAAAGGGAAAUAUUGGUGAAGCAAUAAAAGGAGGCUUCUUAGCUUGUGAUACUGACAUGCAGAAAGGUAUGCCUUCUACAUUUACAAGUACUGAAUGGUUAAGCUGGAUUGAAUUACGGUUGUUUUGCCUAUGGGUCAUUUUGACCACCAUCUGUCCACCUAGUCUAGAGUCCAUUCGCCUACGUCUAAUAUAUUAGUUUGCCUACUUAAACUCUGUACUAUGACUAUCACUGUAUAAAACAGUCAAUUCAAUUGAAACAAAAAUUGAUGAUAUUCAAAAACUUAUUGCAUGAAAAUUUGAUAUCACAACUAAUGAAUUCUAAUGAUUAUUAUGUUAAUUGUAUUCAUCUCAUCGUGCUUUGAAAUAAGAGACAAAUUGAUUUGGCUCUUUUUGGAUUAUUGAAUAAAUGCUAUGAUAUAUAUAGCAAUGUUGCAAUUGUACCCUGUUAUUUAAAUUACUGUAAUUAUCAGGCUUUCCUAGCUUUUGCACUGCUGUAGUGUUAUAGUCAUGCAAAUAAAGCCCAUUUUCAUUGUCGUUGAUUCACCUACUUGAUGUGCAGAGUCAGAGUGAGUCGAUUUGAUUCGUAAUUGGUGCAGUGAAUUCAAACCACAAAUGUUAACUGUCGCUUUUGAGUUAACUUGCCUUCAAGCCUAUGGCCGUUAUGUGAAAAUUGCCGCUUUUGAAAUGAGUUGACUUCAUAUACAUAUAAACAAGUUAUGCAAAUACAGUAGAAUCUCCAGUUUCAAAUUACACGGUUCUCCAAUUACACUCUUAAUGCAUGUUUGUAAUUCUGCAUGGUGCGUGUUAAUUUCACAACAUUUUAGAGAACAUUUGUUAUAUAUUUGUGUUUUGUAACAUGUAUUAAUCAGUCUGUGAUACAUACAAACUUAUUUAUUGCUUACAUAUAGAAUGAAGUUUACAAAUGCAAUUUAUUUAUUACAAGCAACUUUUUACUUAUUACUUGCAUGGAUGUUUGGGUUGUUUGUGUGACACCUGCCCUGGCCGGUUCUUACUGCCUGUCCAUACAUGGCCCUGUCAACACCAGUGUGGCAAUGACGGUGUCACCAUCUGUCGCAUCUGCCACAGAGUAGGGCUUCUGGGCAGAAGGUGACAAUUUGUGUGCAAAAGAUGCAGUCAAAUUCCUCCAUGAUAGUGAUGAUUAUAGCUUUGAUGAUAGCGUUGACUAUCGCAUUGAUUUUACUAUUGCGAGCAUUGUUCUAACGUACUGGUGACAAGAAAAAAAUACUUGGACUUUUAUAGAGUCAAUUCCUUCUCUGAUGGAUCGAAAUCACAACAAUAUGAUUGGUGAAUGCUAAUGUUGUUUACAAUCCUUUGUUAAAUAAACUACCAUGUCUUUCUGAAUGAUAUCUUUAUGAAAGGCUUACCUAAAGUCACAAGUCUACACAAAUAAUGCCUAAACUGUUAUAUAUAUUUUUUUUUUUUUUUUUUUUUUCAUCUAGCUAAGUUUGUGGAUCACGUGAAAGCAAACAAACUGACAAAACACUAAUCUAUAAAGUUCAUGAUAGAACAAAUCGCAACAUCAAUAUCAACAUUGAACUAGGAAGUAAAGUGGGAACAAGCUAAUUUCUUAAAUACCAUGUCCUUUGGAAUGAUAUGCUCAUGAAAAGUCUCAUUUUCUUUAGUAUAGGCUGCUCACGUCACAAGUCUACAUGAAUAACGCCUUAACCCUUACAUAUAUUUUUUUCAUCUAGCUAAGUUUGUGGAUCGCAUGAAAGCUUACGAACUAACGAUCGAAACAUUAAUUUAUAAAAGUCCCACCUCUUUUAGUAUAGACUCGAGUCACAAGUAAACACUAAGACCGUAAACGGUGCUUUAUUUCAUCUUAAUUCUCAGUUUUUCUGCAAGGUUUAACAAGGACUUUUAAACAAUUCAGUAUUGACAUAUGAAUCGUAGGCAAACUGAACCGACUCAAGACAUAGGUGAAACGACCCAUAGGCAAAACAAUGGGUUACCAGGUGGAUUAUGCACUUCUUGAUCUGGUCUAAUUUACUAAGCACUAAAUAACAACUCCCAAGGAAUAUUGAUCAAGGCUUCAGUUGAGAACUCCACAAGAAUGAAAGCUAACACCCCAAGAGUAUAAGAUACUAAAUUCACUUGUCUGAGUUUUUACAUAUGAUCCAUCUUGAAAAUGUUUUCAUCUGGAAGUUGACCCCUGUUGGUGAAAGAAUUGCACAGUCAGUAGUGGUUUGCGUCAAAAAAGCACAGAGUUGAGCAGUAGUCAAGUUAUUAUGGUCUUUAGAUGCAUUUAUUGAACAAAUAGUUAAUGGUAAAAAGUAUAAGUAGUGAAUAACAGCACAAACAUCUGCAAAUCCCUUCAUUUUUUUCUUGGGGUUUUGCUCUGUCAGAUAUUGUUUCACUUGAGAAAAUGAAAUUUUAAAUCUGAAAUUAUGACUUAGAGCAGAAUUAACAUAUUAUGAGCAUGUACUAUGAGUCAUACAAUCAAUUGAUUACCUAUGAUCAUGUAUCUAAUAAUAAGAUUUGCUCUGACUUUAAUGACAGUAAUUUGAUUUUCUCAAACACAGAAUAGGCAUAUGAUUACAGAUCAAAUGGCACUUCUUUUGGUUUUUUUUUUUUUUUUUCCCUCCAUGAUUGAUAAAAGGGGGUGAUUAUUGCAGCUGUUAAUGUUGCCUAUUAAAUUUAAAAGCAGUUUAAAAGCAAAGGUUUCCUGUGGUUAACUCACUAUAAAGCUGCCAUGGUUUGUUUUCAGAUGAUCAGAUGAAGGAUGAAAUGGCUGGAACAACUGCCAUAGUCAUAAUCCUCAAAAAUAACAAGAUUUAUUGUGUAAGAAUGUUAUUAUCAUGAUGAUUGUUGUCAGUGAUAUCUUGUUUUAUAUCUUUGUUAAUUCUUCUUACAUUGGAAUUAAUAAAUCUUUGCCUGUGUUUGUCUGUCUUGUUCAUCAGGGAAAUGUUGGAGACUCAAGAGCCAUUGCGUCAAAAAAGGGAGCAGUGGAACAGCUUUCCUUUGAUCAUAAGCCAAGCAAUGAUGGUAACACACAAGUUUUUCAUUGACUAAAUAAUGGUUUCUUUCUAAGGGGAAUAUUUUAAAAAGUGGUUUGACAGUGUUUACAAAUUCAAAAAUACUUAUGAAUUAACUGGGAACAAGAGUGUUAUUGUGGAGAUUAAAGGUUAGAUUUCCUAUGACAGCUUGACAAUUUUGAGUUUUUCAAAAUUCAUGACAUCACUCUAAUAAACUGUACCCUUUAAUUAGUAUCUUGAGGGGAAAACACCAGCUACAUACAUUUGAACUCCACUUUUAACCUGAUAACAUGGCAGUGGAGCAAUUUAUUGCAUUUAAUGCAUUAUUGACUAAGCAGCAGGUUGAGAUGGCUUCCCAGAAAUUAUGAAGAAUGUAAACCAGGUGCAAGCAAUUUUUGGGUCUGCAAUAUUACCUGCUUGAUAGCCAAUCACAUCACAGAAUUCUCUUCUCUUUGCUGGUUUGUAGAGCCAGCCCUGAAAUAAAAUAUAGCAAUGCCAGUGGCAAUAAAGAUUGUGAUAACAUCAUGCACCUCAAUAAAGGAGCACCUUCACUGAAAGAUUGUCUUUUUGUCUCUUAAAAGAUGAAACAAGAAGAAUCAUAGCUGCUGGGGGCUGGGUGGAGUUUAACAGAGUUAAUGGUAAGCACUCAAGUGAACUACAGAAGCUAGGUUGCUUUAUAGUGACAGAUAGUCUUAUAGGCUUUAGCCAUGCAUAAAAAAACCUAACUGCAAUUUUUCUUUUCAUUGCAUGCUAAGCCCUGCCUGACAAGGUCUGCUAUUAGAUGAGUCAUUUUAGAAACUCCAUGUGAUAUAGUUUACACCAUAACCACAUUCUGUCUUCUUUAAUGAUGAUCAUUUUCUCUCUCUUGUGCUGUUACCUAGGCACUCCACUAAUACAAACAGUUUAUCCUCUACUUGAGUAAUAGUAUGGGCCAACGAUUAGGGAGUAAUUGGCAAGAAAUGCAUAAAAAUAAUAUUAACCCUUUACACCCUAACAUCAGUAUCCAAAUUCUCCAUACUCUUCUCUAUACAUUCCCUUUGGUGCUGACAAGGAGAAUUUGUUUAACAAUCAAAGCUUCUUAGCUUGUGAUCAUUUUCUUUAUUCUCAUGAUCUCAAAUGAAUGGUUCACCAGUAUUAUUGUAGGGAGAAUUUAGACGCUGGUCACUUUUAGGGUUAAAAGGGUUAAGCAUGGUUGUGUGGCAUUAACACUUACCUCUUUGAUGUUCGCCCAUAGGCAACUUAGCAUUGUCAAGAGCACUUGGAGAUUUUUGCUUCAAGAGGAAUGACAAGAAAUCACCAGAGGAGCAGAUUGUAACAGGUAUUGAUAUUAGUGAAGUGAGCUGUGUGAUUAGUUAUCAGUAGAUAGUUUAUAUUAGGGAGUAAAAUGAUGUAGAGUAAAAAAUGCAUCUUCUUAAAACAUACUGAACUCCAGAACCUAGUUUUAGAGAAGAUAGAAAACACUACCUGAUUUUUCAGAGCCGAAUGGUUUAACCUCAGCCCAACUCUAACCAAAAAGGGCUGAAAACACAGGCCCAUUUCUCGAAAGUCCCUGUUACUCAAAAUUUACACAGAGAAGCAGGUUCUGGUACCCUAACCAGUCCAUUUUGUUUCUUCAUCUGAUAGUUUUAUUGCAUGGUUUUCAAAACUUUUGAAACCCCAAUCUUGAAUAAAAACAGAACAGCUCUACAAGCCUGUUUAAUUACCUGGACUUUCGAGAAACAGGCCAAAGGACUCCUUGGCAGCUGUGCAACUUAUUGUAUCAGGGGUGAUUAACCUUCACCCACCCCAUCCCCAACCCCUCUUGCCUUUUGUAGCGUUGCUGUAGUUUAGCUUUCAGCGAAAUAGGAGGACAACUGGAGUCCUAAGGUGAUUUUCACUUUACAGCUUUGGUUUUUCUACAAUUUUUGACAUGGAUUGUUCUGUUGACUUAAGCCAUCCACAUCCAUUAAUUACAGCUAUACCCUCAUCAGAACUGUUUAUGUUUAAUAUGUAAAAUUUACAGAAGCCAAAUUAAGAUCAUAUUCACGCAUAUAAUUACAUGAUAGAUAUCAACUGAGGGGGUUUCCACAGAGGAAACUAGUUUUACAGAUCGCUCAGGCAAUAUAAGUUUAGUGAGUUGAAAGUGAAGGAAAUUCAGGAUUUUCCUGAAUAAGGUGAUGAUUUUUCAUUUAUAUGGCUUUUUUUUUGGUUUGCUCAGCUCUGCCUGAUGUGAUACAGAAAGAAAUUACACCGGAUCAUGAAUUUAUUGUCUUAGCUUGUGAUGGUGAGUACUUAAGAGAAGCUGUCUUCCCAUCACGGUAGUUUCGUUGGCUUUAAACAUCCUCUUAAAAGAGCCCCCAAAAAAUUGUUUUUGUUCAUUUGUCCGUAGUGCAAAGGAACGGUCAAGUUUCCUUUCAAUCCAACCAGGGCUUGAUUUAUUUAUGAACUUAUUCCCAGUUUCUGUAGCUUGAAGCAAAUAGGAUUAUUCCACUCUUACUGGACGGUAAUUUGGUCUGUCCUAAGUGAAGCACACUUUCCCCCCUUCCAAAAAAAAUUAAUUAAGUUUCAUUGCCUCAUACUUGGCUUCCUGGCUAAUUUUCAUUUAACUCAUGCCUUGAAAAAGGCAUUGUGAUAGUUUCAUGACUAACUUAGAAAAGGGACAGAUCCGAAAAUUCUUGUUAGGAGGGAUACAAGCUUUGAUUUUAAAAAAACAAAGCAAAAACCUUUAUUUAUUUACACCAUAGCCCUAAUAUGCAAACUAUUUCAAAACAAAUCCAAUUUUGAGUAUUUCAUAGGGAUUAGUAGUAUGUGAUCCAGGUUUUGCAAGUAUUUUGAUAGCAGACAAGAAGUGAAAAAAAAAACCCAACAGAUCUGAUGGACAGGUCCCGAUACCCCUUCCCCUGGAUCCGCCACUGGUGAACAAUUAUGUGUCCAGUGCACUUCGCUCUGGAAUGGCGCGUCUCCCAUUGAGUAUUCAUAAAGUGAAGUGUGUAACCUCUUAAGUCUUGUUCUAUUUACAGGUAUCUGGGAUGUUCUGUCCAAUCAAGAAGUAAUCGAUUUUGUAAGAAUUAGGAUAGCUCAAAAAAUGGAACCUGAACAGGUGUGUGGAGUGAUUAUCUUCCUUCUGAGUGUUCGCAUUUACGGACUAGGCGCGUGAAGCUCCAAAGCAAUCCAAGAUCACUUUUGAUGUUUUAUUGAAAACAGCUCUAACUUCUUUCUUGAAAUGUAACCUCGCCCUUUCUCGUCUUUAGAUUUGUGAAGAGCUUCUUACGAGAUGCCUUGCCCCGGAUUGUCAGAUGGGAGGCCUUGGCUGCGACAACAUGACAGUGAUUAUCGUUUGUUUAUUACAAGGAGGAACAUACGAAGACCUCUGCCUAAAAUGUUCAAGACCGAGUGACUCUAGUUCUGCUUAUAACGGCAACUCGGCGCCAUUUUAUUCUUGACAUUAAUGUCGGCAUGGGUUCACUGUUUCUGUUGGCGAUAUGAGCAAGUUUGCGGUGGAGGAUCAGGGCAUGCUUUAUAGAAGUUAGAGGUUGACGAGGUUAAGAUUAAAGCAGUGAAAGUAUUUAGUUGGACUACGGCAAAGCACAAAAGGAGAGCGAGAUGUCAAACGUUGUGUGACAUGUCAAAGGAGUUGUGUGCUCUUCGCGGACUUUGCUGCAGCAGAGUGAUUGUACAAUGAUGGAUUUUAACCCUUGAAUGUUUCCUUUUUCCUUUUCUUUUUUGUGUUGUAUUUUUCUAUUUUUAAGGGAGUCAAUUUGCCAAAGUAAAUAGUGGCUUAUCGUAGAAAACCUGGCCCUCCAUUGAAGGUAUGAUCGUCGUGGAUUCGGUUGCAUUUCAAACCAGACUGUGGAUCACGCGGCGGAAGGGAGCCAUUCCUAUUCUGGAGGGAUGGUUCGAAAUGGAAUUACCAGCAUCUUUCGUUCAAAUGGACGGCACAAAGUUGCGUCCGUUUUUCCACAAACUAAGGGGUACCCAUCAAUGAAGGAUCAAGUGCCAACGAACUGACACUCUUCCGGAAGUAAGGAGAACAUUCCGGGAUAAGCGACGGCUUGAGUGUCACUCUGCACCCUCAAAGUUAAGCGCUGAAAAUCAAGCAUUAAGUUAUCAGCGCUGGUAUUUAAUUUAACGUGCGAUAGUCAUUAGGAAAGAGUCAUACGAGUUCAUCCUGAUAGUAUGAGGGUGAUAGUUUUGUGGUUUGAAUAGGGAAGAAAAAAUUUUGUCGAAAUAUUUUUGUGAUAAAUUAGUCAGGUGCCACACGUUAUUAAUUCGUGGUCGCUAUUCAACAGAUUCAAUGUUCAUUUAAAAUGUUGGCUCACUGGCGUCGUCUUUUUUCUCGAAGAACUUUGUUACUCCUCUCAACUACAGUUUCCGUUUAUGCAGCCAAGAUAGCUCGGGAAGUCGGGAUCAGAGUCGGAGCGCUUCGGGCUUGAACCGAGUGGUGCUAUCGAGCCUUGGCACGGACCACUGAGCCGGGAUGAUGUUACAAAGAACGCGUCGUUUCGUGACUUGAGACUAACAUUCUUUAGUGAUUUACGGAUGUGAUUUUUGAUAUGCGCGCUAUUUUAACUGAACUUGGUUUUCAGUCGCGGUUAUUUAAGGGGAGGGCUGGGGUGUAGAUAA